AUGCUCUGUGCUAGGUAUGGCUCCAUGUUGUGUGUGACAGUUCCUGUCUUUCUGCAUUUACUGCUGCAAUUCAGGAUUUCAGUUGCCAUCACGAAAGCCAAGGUGGAUUUCUCCAGUGUAGUGUGCCUGCCCCCUUCCGUCAUUGCUGUGAAUGGGCUGGACGGAGGAGGGGCCGGCGAAAAUGAUGAUGAGCCCGUUCUGGUGUCCCUGUCCGCGGCUCCCAGCCCCCAGAGCGAGGCUGUUGCCAAUGAACUGCAGGAGCUCUCCUUGCAGCCCGAGCUGACCCUCGGCCUCCACCCCGCCAGAAAUCCCAGUUUGCCUCCACUUAGUGAGCGGAAGAAUGUGCUGCAGUUGAAGCUCCAGCAGCGCCGGACGAGGGAGGAGCUGGUGAGCCAAGGGAUCAUGCCGCCUUUGAAAAGUCCAGCUGCAUUUCAUGAGCAGAGAAGGAGCUUGGAGCGGGCCAGGACAGAGGACUACCUGAAACGGAAGAUCCGUUCCCGGCCGGAGAGAUCGGAACUGGUCAGAAUGCACAUUUUGGAAGAGACCUCGGCUGAGCCCUCCCUCCAGGCCAAGCAACUGAAGCUGAAGAGAGCCAGGCUGGCAGAUGACCUCAACGAGAAGAUUGCGCAGAGGCCUGGCCCCAUGGAGCUGGUGGAGAAGAAUAUCCUGCCCGUGGAGUCCAGCCUGAAAGAGGCCAUCAUUGUGGGCCAGGUGAACUACCCGAAGGUAGCAGACAGCUCUUCCUUUGACGAGGACAGCAGCGACGCCUUGUCCCCCGAGCAGCCUGCCAGCCAUGAGUCCCAGGGCUCAGCACCGUCGCCCCUGGAAGCCCGAGUCAGCGAGCCGCCGCCCGGCGCCACCUCUAUGCCCCCUGCUCAGGUUGUGUCUCAGCUCCCCGUGGGCCCGGAGUCCGGAGAAACACUCUUCCUGGCAGAGCAGCCUCCUCUGCCUCCCAGCCUCACCAACGGAACCGCGGUCCCCGCUGCCAAGCCCCUCCCCACCCUCAUCAAGCAAAGCCAACCCAAGUCUGCCGGUGAGAAGUCGCAGCGCAGCAAGAAGGCUAAGGAGCUGAAGCCAAAGGUGAAGAAGCUCAAGUACCACCAGUACAUCCCCCCGGACCAAAAGCAGGACAAGGGGGCGCCCCCUAUGGACUCCUCCUAUGCCAAGAUCCUGCAGCAGCAGCAGCUCUUCCUGCAGCUGCAGAUCCUCAACCAGCAGCAGCAGCAGCAGCAGCAGCACUACAACUACCAGACCAUCCUGCCCGCACCGCCCAAGCCGGCAGGGGAGGCUCUGGGCAGCGCUGGGGGCCCCCCGACGCGCAGCCUUUCCACUACCAACAGCAGCUCUGGCUCGGGUGCCCCUGGGCCCAGUGGGCUGGUCCGACAGAACAGCACCUCGCUGACUGGCAAGCCGGGGGCCCUGCCCGCCAACCUGGACGACAUGAAGGUGGCAGAGCUGAAGCAGGAGCUGAAGUUGCGGUCACUGCCCGUCUCGGGCACCAAGACAGACCUGAUUGAACGCCUGCGUGCCUACCAGGAGCAGGUCACCCCUGCCAGCCCUGGAGCGCCCAAGGCCCCCGCUGCCUCUCUCCUGCCCAAGGCGGGCGAGGUGGUGGUCGCCUUCCCCACUGCCCGGCUCAGCACGGGGCCCGCCCUGGUGGCAGCGGGCCUGGCCCCGGCCGAGGUGGUGGUGGCUACGGUGACCAGCAACGGUGUGGUGAAGUUCGGCAGUACGGGCUCCACGCCCCCUGUGUCUCCCACCCCCUCAGAGCGGUCGCUGCUCAGCACAGGCGACGAGAACUCCACACCGGGGGACAGCUUUGGCGAGAUGGUGACGUCCCCGGUGACCCAGCUCACCCUGCAGGCCUCGCCGCUGCAGGUUCUCGUGAAGGAGGAGGGCCCCCGCCCCGGGACCUGCUGCCGGAGCCCAGGGGGGCGGGCCGAGCUGGAGGGCCGGGACAAGGACCAGAUGCUGCAGGAGAAGGACAAGCAGAUCGAGGAGCUGACGCGCAUGCUCCGGCAGAAGCAGCAGCUGGUGGAGUGGCUCAGGCUGCAGCUGGAGCAGGAGAAGCGGGCCCAGCAGCCGGCCCCCGCCCCGGCCCCAGCCCCGGCCCCCGCCUCCGCCCCGCUCGCCCUGGGCCCCGCGGAGAACAGCUUUACCAGCUGUCAGCUGAGCCGGCCGCCCCCGGGCCCCGAGCUCCCCUUCAGUCCCAGCCUUGCAGCCCCGGCCGCCCCCCACACAGACGCGUGUGCCCUGGCGCCCCCAGUCGUGGUGGUGAAGCAGGAAGCCGUGCCGCCUGAGCCCGAGCCGGCCCCAGCACCCCAGCUGCUGCUGGGCCCACCGGGCCCCAGCCUCGUCAAGGGGGUCACACCGCCCCCCCUCCUCACUGACUCCGCAGGGACCCAUAUUGUCCUCACCGUGACCAAGAAGAGCACAGACUGCCCUGGCCGGGCCGGCGGGAGCCCCCAGCAGCCCCUGUCCCAGCCUGAGUCUCCAGCUCCCGGCCCCCCAGCCCAAAUGGACCUGGAGCCCCCACCCCAGCCCCUUUUUGGGACCCCCGCUUCUCAGCCGAAGAAGGAGCCGCCUGGCUAUGAGGAAGCCCUGAGCCAGCAGCCCAGGCCACAGGAAAAUGGUUCCUCAAGCCAGCAGAUGGAUGAUCUGUUUGACAUUCUGAUUCAGAGUGGAGAGAUCUCAGCGGAUUUCAAGGAGCCAGGGAAAGAGAAGGCGCCCCCCACAGCAGCCUGUGGCUCGCCCCUGGCCGCCCAGCCCUCGCCUGCAGCCGAGCUCCCUCAGGCUGCCCCACCGCGGUCGGGCUCGCCGGCCCUGCCCGGGCGCCUGGAGGACUUCCUGGAGAGCAGCACAGGGCUGCCCCUGCUGACUGGCGGGCACGAGGGGCCGGAGCCCCUCUCCCUCAUUGACGACCUCCAUAGCCAGAUGCUGAGCAGCUCCGCCAUCCUGGACCACCCCCCAUCCCCCAUGGACACCUCGGAAUUGCACUUUGCGCCUGAGCCCAGCGGCGUGGGCCUGGACUUGGCCGACGGGCACCUGGACAGCAUGGACUGGCUGGAGCUGUCGUCAGGCGGGCCAGUGCUCGGCCUGGCCCCGCUCAGCACCACGGCCCCUAGCCUCUUCUCCACGGACUUCCUCGACGGCCACGACUUGCAGCUGCACUGGGACUCCUGCUUGUAG